AUGCGUACUUACGAAGAUUCUUUCUCCGGAGCUAAGAUCUACCCUGGAAAGGGCAAGCUCUACGUUCGUGGAGACUCCAAGAUCUUCCGUUUCCAAAACGGUAAAUCUGAAUCGUUGUUCUUGCAACGCAAGAACCCUCGCCGAAUUGCAUGGACCGUUCUCUUCAGAAGACAACACAAGAAGGGUAUCUCUGAGGAGGUUGCCAAGAAGCGUUCCCGCAAGACCGUCAAGUCCCAAAGAGGUAUUGUUGGUGCUUCCCUCGAAGUCAUCAAGGAGCGAAGAAGUCAAAGACCAGAAGCCAGAUCCGCUGCUCGUGAAUCCGCUAUCAAGGCAGCCAAGGAGAAGCGUGCCGCAGAGCAAGCCGUCAAGAAGGCCGCAAAGGCAAAGACCAAUGUUUCCACCCAAUCGAAAGUCAGCAAGCAAGGUUCCAAGGGUAAGGCACCAAAGCCAAUGAACACUAGCCGUUAA